UUUUCUGGUGUAAGAUAAAGCUCCACAAUACGCUAGAAAUGUUAGCAUUUUAUAAAUACGCAGACCACAACGGAACAUCGGUCAGUGCCGAUCGGUUCUGGAACAGUGAACAGUUUGUAGGGAGAUUUUUUUUACAAUGAUCGCGUGGAUCACGUUGCUGCUGCUAGCCUACGUUAGGAUUGGAACAGUGCAGACAAAUCAACCAACACCAUUUCACCGCAUUAUCGGUGGAACCGAUUCAAAGGAUGGUGCAGCACCGUACCUCGUUGCAUUGUUUCAAAAUGGUCAUUUUCUAUGCGGAGGUUCCAUUAUUACGAACCGAUGGAUAUUAACUGCGGCUCACUGCGUGACUAGUCUUACUCCUUCGAAUGGUGUUAUCAGCGCCGGAUCAAACAGUGUGAACAAAGGCAAAAUUUUUUCCAUCAAUCGUGUUGUACCGUACAGCGAAUACGAUACAUAUAACCUGGAAGACGAUAUCGCGCUGGUUCGCCUCACGGCUCCACUGGUGUUUGGAAAGCGCGUGAAAAAGAUUCGACUUUCCACGGAAACCAUCCCGCUGAAUGCCAGCUUAACGUUAGUUGGUUGGGGAGACAUAGGACAAAACCGAGAGCAGCCACGGACACUGCAAACCAUCAGUUUGCGUAACAUUGGUCUCGAUCGGUGCCGGGAAAUGUACGACGGGUAUCUGAAGCUUCAGUUCAGCAUUUACGAUGGGAACCUGUGCACCUAUAAUAAGAUAAACCAGGGCACGUGUUACGGCGAUUCUGGCAGCCCGCUGGUAUGGAAAGGACGGCAGGUUGGCGUUGUGAACUGGUCCGAGGAGUGUGCUCAGGGAUAUCCGGAUGUGCAUGCUCGUGUAGCAUACUUUUUCCCUUGGAUCCGUCGAAUCAUUGCAAGGGACGAAAAGCAUGUAGAACGGAUGGAGUUUUCCAAUCGGAAUGUUACUGGUGACGUAGAAAUUGAUUGAAAUACCAUUUCGGUAACAUUUCAGAGCGAUUGUGGUG